AUUUACCGUAUUUGUAGUCCAGUUGGUCGACAUGACGUCUCUGUCGCCUCUUGAUGACGUUAUCAUGUAGCUGCAAUUUUCUGCGCGAAAUACAAAGCGACAACACCUUUUAUUUGGGCGCCUUGUUGAGUUUCAGUUCACAUGAAGCUCCUCGUAGAUCCGUGAUCUGCCCUCCUCAGUCAGCAGACUCCUGUCUUUGUUUUCCGGUGGCGAACUCUCCCGGCUCUGCAUGGAGUACGGGAAAGAGAGAGUGGUGGCGUUAGUCGACAUGGACUGUUUUUACGUCCAGGUGGAGCAACGGCUGAAUCCAGCUCUGAAAAACACCCCUUGCGUGGUGGCUCAGUACAAGACGUGGAAAGGAGGCGGUAUCAUAGCGGUGAGUUAUGAGGCGAGGGCCCACGGUGUCACCAGGAACAUGUGGGUGGACGAUGCAAAAAAGCUGUGCCCAGAUCUCCAGGUGGCCAGAGUGCGAGAGUCUCAUGGGAAGGCAGAUCUAACUCAUUACAGAGAGGCGAGUGUGGAAGUGAUUGAGGUGAUGUCUCGUUUUGCUGUGAUUGAGAGGGCCAGCAUCGAUGAGGCCUACAUGGACCUGACGGCAGCCGUCCAGCAGCGGUGCAGAGACAUAGCCGAUCAACAGAUCGACCAACGGCUUCUCAGGACUACUCACAUUCAAGGCUAUCCAUUUGCGCAUGACGAGUCCAGCCAAGUUGACGAUUCAGCUUUGGAUAAAGAACAGAGAAGAUCCAGAGGAGUCCAGCAGUGGUUGGCGUCCUUAUCUGUCCCAACCGAGGGAGAGCAGAACUCUGCAGAGCUGCAGCUAACUGUCGGUGCGCUCAUUGUUGAAGAAAUGAGAGCAGCCGUAGAGAAGCACACAGGCUUCCGCUGCUCAGCAGGGAUAUCUCACAACAAGGUGCUGGCUAAGCUGGCCUGCGGUCUGAACAAACCUAACAGACAAACUAUCCUCCCUCUGGACUCUGUGACUGAGCUGUUUAGCACUCUGCCAGUCGGCAAGAUUCGUAACCUCGGGGGCAAGAUGGGUGCGUCGAUAACAGAAACUCUGGGGGUUGAGAACAUGGGAGAUCUCACGCGGUUCUCUCUGGCACAGCUGGGGCAGCACUUUGGAGAAAAGACAGGCCAGUGGCUGUAUGACUUGUGUCGGGGGAUUGAGUUUGAAGCUGUGAAACCCAGGCAGCUUCCCAAAUCCAUUGGCUGCAGUAAGAACUUCCCUGGGAAAACAUCACUGGCCACAAAACAGCAGGUGCAGUACUGGCUUCAUCAACUGGCCCUUGAGCUGGAGGAGAGGUUGACCAAAGACAGAGAAGCGAACGGUCGAGUGGCAAAGUUGUUGACGGUCGGAGUGCGUCAGCUUGGUGACAAGAGGCAGAGCAGUUUCUCUCGAUGCUGCGCGUUGGUGCGCUACGAGGCGACUAAAAUAUCCAGUGACAGCUUUGCCAUUAUCAAGAGUCUCAACACAGCAGGAAACCAACAAGCCGCAUGGACUCCGCCUCUGACCCUGCUGCACCUCUCAGCCAGCAAAUUCAGCGAUGCGCCGACCACAGGGGGGAUCGCUGGCUUUCUGUCCAGUGAUCCCACUUCGACUCAGAGUUCCUUCUCUGCGACUCAGACCCCCUCUAAUACACAGUCAGACCUAAAAAAUGUGUCUCCAGGCAACCAACCUGGAACUAUACAGUCCUUCUUUCAGAAAGCGUCUGGGAAACAAAAACAAGCCAAGAAGGAGGAAGAUGAGUGUGGAAACUCAAGAGAAGUCUCUUCAUCUGUCAUCUUAGAUGAAAAAUUUUCCACUGAUAGGCGUUCUAGCACCAAAAUCAUCUCAGAAAGCCCCCGCUCUGGCAUCUCCUCUUUCUUUCAAAAGAAAAGCCUUGAAGGAAGCUUUGGGCCUUCAGCCCUACCGAUCCCCACGUCUGAAUCUGAACCUGAAAUCACAGAUGGAGAUCACUGUGAAGAUCCUGACGCCGUUGCCGAGCACGAACCCGAUCAGCCACGAUUUAAAGAUGUAAGGACGAAACCAGAGACAGAACCAGAAGACCGCCAACCUCCAAGCGUGCUUGUGGAAGACCUGAUAACCUGUGAGCGCUGCGGUAAAGAAGUGCUGGUCUGGGAAUUGCCUGAACACAACGACUUUCACUUUGCACUGGACCUCCAGACUUCCCUGUCUUCAUCUAUUAAUUCAGCAGUCAACACUUCCAGUUCCACCACCUCUUCUUCUUCCAGUGCUUCUCAGGUUCCUCUUAGAGCAGGAGGCACAACGCAAUCAACCCGGGGCAAAACAAAAACAAGAGGCCCGUCAGGCCCUGCUCCAAAAAGACAGAGAUCCCAAGGAGGAAGUAUGGGUACCUUGGAUUCAUUUUUCAAAAAGAACUGAUGACAUAAAUGUAUCCGACUACAGUAAAAACAGUAAUCUGGUUUUUUAUUCAUAUCAAAAAGCAACCUAGAAAAACAAUUUUUUUAAAAAAUUUUCAUUCAAAGCAAUCACUGUGUAAAGAAAUUAUUUAUUCUGAACCAGGUUUUUGUUUUAUUACAGUACUUUAAUAAGCUUAUUUUCUAAACUUGUAACAAUUAAAGGUGUUUCUAAUCAAA